CCCUGCGUGUUCUCACAUUCGAUCGUUUUACUUGUUUUAAAAGCAGCAGUCGAGUAACGAUCAUGACUGGCAAGGGCGUCGUUCGAAGCAUAAAAAACUACGCCAAGGGAUUCUCUGAUGUGCAACGAAAAGUUCGCGAAGCAACUUCUAAUGAUCCCUGGGGCCCAAGCGGGACGUUGAUGAACGAAAUUGCGCAAUUGACAUUCAAUCAACAUGACUUUAUCGAGAUUAUGGACAUGAUAGAUAAGCGUCUCAACGAUAAGGGAAAGAAUUGGCGCCAUGUCUUCAAGGCUCUUCUUUUGCUGGAUUACUGUCUACACGUGGGAUCGGAGAAUGUCGUUCUGUACGCCAAGGAAAACAUCUACGUUAUUAAAACCCUUAAGGAAUUCCAGCAUGUCGACGACAAUGGCCGUGAUGUUGGCGCAAACGUUCGCCAAAAGGCCAAGGAUAUCACCAACUUGCUAACCGACGAUGCACGAUUGAAAGAUGAACGACGUCAGAGACAACAGAUGCGUGAUCGAAUGGCUGGUGUCAACGACUACAUGAAUGACGCCAUGGGUAUUCGACCUGGUCCCAACGAUUUUGGAGGCAGUUCACGUGGGCCUCAAGGUGAUCCGCAGAACGGGGGACCAAGAGGUGAUAACGAAGAUAGAGAGCUCCAGCGUGCUCUUGAAGAAAGUCGUCGUAUGGCAGAAGCAGAAGAUAAAAAGCGACGCGAAAAAGAGGGCGAUGAGGACUUAGCCAAGGCAAUCCGACUCAGUGAGCAAGAAGCUCAAGAGAAAGAGCGAAAGCAAAAAGAGAAGCUUGAACGUGAAAACCAAGAGAAACUGUUUGGAAACAAUAACAGCAACAACAACUCACAGGCUGCCAGCUUCAAUCCUUUCCCGCAAAACCAGUCUUUCGAUGCUUCUCUCAACCCUUACCAGCAGCAGCCACAACAGCAGCAGCAACAGCAAUGGCCUCAGAUGACUGGCAUGACCAACAUGACUUUUGGAGAUCCAAUCGCUGCUGGAAACCCUCAAUUGGCUUUCCAGAACACUGGCAUGAUGAACAACCCUUAUCAACAACAGCAGCAGCAACAGCAACUGCAGAAUAACCCAUAUCAGCAACUCAGCUCAGGUGGCGGAUUUGCAGGAGGUUUGCAGGCACAGAUGACCGGUCUUCCUCAACAAAGCCAAAUGACCGGAUUAGCGCCGUUCCAGACAAGCACAGUGACUGGUUUCCAACAGCCUCAAAUGACAGCUGCAUCGAACAAUCCGUUUGGCCAAUUUGGCUCAGCUUCGCAGACUUCGCAGCCAUCUGCUGCCUUUGGCUCAACAACCUUCGGCCAGACCCUAUCAGCUUCACCUACCAUCACAUCAUCAUCGCUCGCCAAUCGCUCGCCUUCCCUUUCUGCCGCCAACAUCAACGCUAACCCGUCCGCUGCUGGUCAGUCUCGGUCAUUCAGCUUCCCCUCUUCACCUUCCAUGCAACCGACGGGAACACAGGCAUCCUCCAGCCCAGCGGGUGAUGGCCGCUAUGCCAAGUUGAACCAACUUCUUGCCAACAAGGAUGAUGGUAUGGACACAUUCGGCAAUACUGGCAACUUGCGGUUCCCUAUGGGAUCUGGAUACGCCAACUCUAUCAAGCCUGAAUUUACUGGUGCGCCCAACGGUAACACUAGCAGCAGCACUGGCGAUCUUUUGAACAUUGGAAACAACGGAAACCAAACACAAGAUACCAGCAACACACAAUCAAGCUUUGCUGAUUCGUUCGGCCAACAAGCAAGCCGAAAUCCAUUUGGACAGCCUAGUCCGUCACUAGCGGCCGCUACGCCAAAAACCAACAAUCAAAAGAGCCUGCUUGAACUGAUGCAAGAACAAAAGCAACAGCAACAGCAACAGUCACUGCAAAUUCCUCAGAUGGGCAUGCAACAGCCACAGAUGACGGGUAUGCAACAGCCUCAAAUGACGGGUAUGCAGCCUCAAAUGACAGGAAUGGCAUUUGGUGGUCAACAACCCCAGCAACAGCAAUCCUCUCCAUUCUUACAACAACCGCAAGUAACCGGAUUCAACAACGGUUUUGGACAGCAGGCCCACAAUCAGCAGACUGGUUCGUUAUUCUAAAAACACACACACACAUUCUUUUAAUUGUCCACCCUACACACACACACACUCUCUCUCUCUCCCUCUCUCUUUCUUUCUAUCUCUUCUUCUUUUAUCUAUGUGAGCACUCUAUAUAUAAUAAAC